AUGCGCACAAGUGCCUCGCGUCGCAGCUCGGCAGUCACUGAGUUGGCUCAAAACAUUAAAUGCGACAAGCUGCUGAGCAAACUCGAGGAGAGCGAACCGGAUCCACCCACCUCACAGGAGGAUGAGUGUGUCAUCUGCAUUAAUGCGCGCGCUACCAUGCAAACAUCGCCUUGCGGCCAUCGCGUCGUCUGUCGACGCUGCUUUGUCAAGACAAUACAGAGCGCCGUCGCUCAACGAUUGCUGCCUUUGCGCUGUGUCAUAUGUCGUGCACGUGUGAAUCGACUCACCUCUAGCUCGGGCACAUGGCGCAUACAGGAAUCGGCUAGCAGCUAUUCCAUGGGUGCCAAAAGCUGGGCUUCCGCCGGCGUUGAUGCUGGCGGUGUGCACGCCUCGGCCAGUUCCUAUUCGAUGGGCGAUGCACAUAGCGGUCACCAAGCCUUCCACCCACAUCCCGCACUACACGGACGCUAUCCACGCAGUCCGAAUGGUGGUGGUCGUGUCGCACAAUCGGAUAGCUUGUACUCGAUGAGUUCGACUGGUUCAUCGUCGUUGUCGGGCGUUUCGCAUAUGUCCGCCUACUCUAAGACGUCUUCCAUUUCGAGUGGUCUCUGCUCACCCGCCUCACCCAUAUCACCAUCAGCCAUGUCAGCGUAUACGCAAACACCGGUGCUGAAUAAUCAUUUAGCGCCACCAGGUGCCACAACCGCGCAUGGCACACUUUCACUAUCGCCUUCCGGUUCGGCGUCGGGCUCAUCCGUAUCGGGCUCGCUGUCGCCACGCGAUGACCACCAUCAUUCACAUUCACAUUCGGGUGGCUGUCCAGCAGGCUGUUCGGGUGCCAUACCACGCAAGCCGCUCAAUUCGUUGAGUAACUCAUCGUCGAGUGGUUCGAGCAUCAGCAGCUGCAGCAGUUUUCCACCAGCGACGCACACCUAUCCCGGGCGAAGGCAUACCAAGGGACGACUGACGGACCUACAAAAUCGACUGCCACCAAUAAAAGAGUUCCGCAGUCCAGCCAAAGUGCCACAUCCCUCGCCGGUGCACAUCAGCAAUCCGCGCUUUCGGUAUGCCUCUUACACCAAAUCCUCAUCAAGCGCGCAUGAAAUUGCGCCACUGCUACGCGAACCGCCUUCACCACCCAAACGACCCAUGAACAUACUAGUGGGUUCAGAGUCAACCAAUGGCUUGGGUCCACCGCCGCUUAAGGCUGGCGGGAGUGCCAAAAUUAGUCCUAUGGUAGCCAAGAACUCGCUACCGAAGAAUGCCUAUACUUUGGGCAACAAAGAUAAGAAAGGUGUUGGAAAUAGCAGCUGCAAUGUCCAGAAGGCGAAUGGAAAACUUGCCAGCGCAACACUAGUUGUUGGCAAUAAUAAGAAAGCGACACAUGAUGCUAACGGUAAUACCAUUUCAUCAGCGGCGUCUUCAACAGCGAAAUCUUCAGCGGGGACUCAAAAUAGUAACAAUAAGGCGUAUUCGGCGCCAACUUCACGCUCGAACUCUUCCAGCCGAAGUUUUCCACUGUUCUCCAACAGCAAUAGUAAUCACAAGGAGAAAUCCGACAAUAAGAAGAAUGAAACUAUGGAACGCAAAAAGAAGGAGGAAAAACUUAAACUGAAAGCGGAAAAGGAAGCGAGAAAGGUGGGUGCACGUCAACGUGACGCUACGGCUACGACACGUACUAACGGUGUUUGUAAUAAGGACGAACACAGCAGAAAUGAUAAACAAAAAAAUAUUAAAAAUGAUAAUGAUGAUGAUAAUAAUGAUGAUAAUGAUGCUCCUAACGACGAAGGUGGUCUUAGUGGCGGUGGUCGAAUUGAUGGUGGUGGUGGUGGUGGUGGUGUCGGUGGUGGGUUAUUAUGCUUGUAUGGUGGUUUGGCUGCCUGGAAAGUGAUGUCGGAGGAGAAACGUCUCGCCAAAGAAGAAGAUCGUCUGGCGAAGUUAAUUGCUAAGGAGGAAAAAAAGAAAGGUAAAAAGGAAGCCAAGGAGCUACUCAUCGCGAAUGAUGGGAACAGUAAGAAGUAAGGGGUAUGGAAAAUGGUGGCUGCUUGUAGCAGGGAACAACAGCGGAUGUGUCAUAGAAAAAGGAUCAGAUGUAUACUAAAACUUACAAAAACAAAGCCAAUUAUAUGUACAUAUAUGCUAGCAACAAAUUCACUACUAAAAGAACUAAACUAAACUACUUCGCGUAGUAGGAGUACUAAAUUACUGACCAAAUGUACUAUUGCACAGCCCAAAAGUACUAGAUCGCAUUCAUUAAGUACUAAAUGACAGACCAAAAGUACUAAAUCACAUUCAUAAAGUACUAAAUUAGGUAAAAUAAGUGCUGAAUUGCAUACAUAAAGCGUUAAGUUGCAUGCUUAAAGUACCAAAUUUAGUACUAAAAGUAUUAAAUCACGCACUAAACAUAUUUAAAAUUAGUAUGUGAGUUUACAUACCAAAAGUUCUACUUUCAAAAAUUACGAAGUGUCGUAGUAUAAGUGCUAAUUACAAAACAAAUGUACUAAAUUUUGUACUAAGAGUACUAACUCAUAUACUAAAAAUAUAAAUUCCCAUACUAAAAAUACGACUUCUUGUUCAAAAAGUACGAGACUACAUAGCAUAAGUGCUAAUUACAAACGAAAAGUAUUUAAUUUAGUACUAAAAGUACUAACUCUCAUUUUGUAGUACUAAAGUGCGUAUAUGAGAUGCGCAUUUCAUAUGCAAGGUACUAGAGCACAUUUCAAAGGUAGUGCGUUGUAGAGUAGAAGUACUAAAUUGGGUCCGAAAAGUACUAAAAGUAUUAACUCACAUACUAAAAACACCCUUCUCGCUCAAAAGGUACUAAGAUACGCAGCAGAAGUGCUAAUUAUAAGCGAAAAGUACUAAAUUUAGUACUUAAAGUAGUAACUCACAUUUAAUACUACUAAAAUGCGUACGCGAGAUGCUCAAUUUCAUAUGCAAAGUACUUUGGCAUAUUCCAAAAGUACUACGUUGUGCAGUAGUACUAAAAAUGCCAAUUCACAUUCAGAAUGUACUAAGGAAAGCAGCAGAAGUGCUAAUUACAAGCAAAAAGUACUAAAACUUAACUCUCCUACUAAAAGUAUUAAUUCACAUACUAAAAUACUAAUUCACAUUUAGAAAGUACUAAUGCACGCGGCAAAAAUACUAAUUACAAAUGAAAAGUACUAAACUUUAACUAUGUAACAGAACAAAACUGCUAAAUUGCGAUUGGUGCUAAAUGAAAUACUUAGAGUACUAAAUUUAGUACUAAAACAUUGACUCACCCCCAAAAGUAAAGUAAAAGUUCUAAAAUAUGUACUAAAAGUACUAAAUCACACACAAAAAUUACCAAAUUGCGACGUGCAAGUACUAUUUGCAAAAAAGUACUAAAAAAUUCGAUAUAAUAACCAUAAAAAUCACCUUAUAGUAAUAAAUAGAAGAAAACUUCAACAUGACUGUUCGGAAAAGGACUACAAUACAUACAAAGAGAAUUUUCUAAAUUACAACAACCAAAUUCUAAGUAACAAAGUAACUACUACUACUUAGUACUUUCUAAGACCACAAAUAUAGCAGUUAAAAUAUAAAUUUUUCAUAUAUAACUACUCUUGUAAGGACUCUCUAAAAUACACGCUCCAAUACUUAUGUAUUGUAAUUAUAGUAAACGGGCGCAAUUAUAAAAGUUGAUUAAUUUUUAAUAAUGUUUGCCAGAUUUUUUAAUUAAAAUUAACUGUACUCGUACUUUUAGGAGCAUAAAAAAUUGGAUUUUAAUUCAAGUAGUUCCUCCCGUAAAUGCCAAUUUGACUAACAGCAAACCAGCACACACAUAAAUACAUACAUUAAGUUGUAUUUAAAGUGAAAAUAUUUUUUAAAUUAAUAUAUUUUAAUUUGUUAUAACGCGUU